AUGGUAUUGGAGGCUGAACUGUUCAUUUGUUUCUUUGAUCCAAAGAAGGAGGAUUCUAGUACUUCUAAGGAUUUUAGGCCUCUCAGUCUACCGGGUAGUGCUUAUAAAGUGUUAUCUAAGGUGCUUGCAAACAAGUUGAAGAUGGUAAUGCAUAAAUUAGUGUCUGAUUAUCAAGGGGCUUUUGUUAAGGAGAGGCAAAUUCUGGAUGGAGUAUUAAUUGCUGGGGAAUGUAUUGAAAGUAGAUUGAAGGAGAAGAAGCCUGGUGUCUUGUGUAAGAUUGACAUGGAGAAAACAUUUGAUAAUUCAACUGAGAGGAUCAAGCCUUCUAAAGGGUUGAUACAGGGGGAUUCUUUGUCCCCUUUUCUUUUCUUAUUGGUGGUAGAAGUGUUAUCAAAAUUGCUGAUGGAUGCAGUGACUAGAGGACAGCUUCAUGGCUUUCAGGUUAAGGAUAAUGGUUGUAUUAUUUCACAUCUUCAAUUUGCAGAUGAUACUCUUUUGUUCUUGGAUGCUAUGUGGAGGAGAUUAGAAGAUUAUUUGGAGUUGGGUUGCAAGGUGGAGAAGUUUCCAAUUAAGUAUUUAGGGAUGCCUAUAGGAGCUACUUCUAGGUGUGCCUCUGUGUGGGAUGAAGUUAUUUAA